AUGUUUUAUUUAAUUGUACUUUUGGUGGCCGCUGUUGGGGCAGACAGGAGUCAGUUACCUCCAACCUGUGAUAGUUUGAUCUACUGCCAUGGACCGCUGCUGGACACGGUGCAGAUGGCAGGGUUGUACAACGACUCGAAGACCUUCGUGGACAUGAAGCUGAAGCUGCCGCCCAACGUUACUAUGGAGAACUUCAAGCAGAUGAUGGAAAGGACAGGUUCUCAACCGACCAAGGCUGACAUCCAAGAGUUUGUCAUUCAGAACUUCGAUCCUGAAGGAUCUGAGUUUGAAGAAUGGACACCCCCAGACUGGAAGGACAAUCCUGCGUUUCUACAUAAGAUCAAAGAUCCAGUUCUACACCAGUGGGCUUCGGACCUUAACAGGUUGUGGCUCCAGCUCGGUAGGAAAAUGAAAGAUGAAGUUAAGGAAAACCAGAAUCUGUACUCCAUAAUCUAUGUGGACCAUCCAGUUAUUGUACCUGGUGGUCGGUUUCGUGAGUUUUACUACUGGGACUCCUACUGGAUCAUCAAGGGCCUCCUGCUUUCUGAGAUGAGAUCUACUGCCAAAGGCAUGGUCUCCAACCUUCUUCAAAUAGUCGAUCGAAUCGGUUUUAUACCCAAUGGAGGCAGAAUAUACUAUUCUAUGAGGUCCCAGCCACCUCUACUAAUCCCAAUGGUGCAGUUGAUACUGGAUGACAUGGAUGACGAGGCGUUUCUAAGACAGCACAUCCACACGAUGGAUCGGGAGUUCGAUUACUGGAUGACGAACCACUCAGUAGAAGUCAAUCACAAUGGCAAUAAGUAUAUGAUGUCGAGGUACUAUGAUAUGUCCCAGGGUCCAAGACCGGAGAGUUACAAAGAAGAUAUUGAUUGUGCUAAACAUUUCGACACCGAUAAAAGAGAAGAAUUAUAUGCUGAGUUGAAAGCAGCUGCAGAAUCAGGAUGGGACUUCUCAUCCAGGUGGUUCAGUCUCAACGGCACCAACAAAGGUAAUCUAACGAACUUGAAGAAAUUUUAUACUUUUCAACUUUCAGGUAAUCUAACGAACUUGAAGACCCGUUCAAUAGUCCCCGUGGACUUAAAUGCCAUCAUGUGCUGGAACGCGCGGCUCUUGCGAGACUUCCACACGCGCCUCGGGAACAUCGACAAGGCGGAGUAUUACAGGAAUAUGCAUGCAAGGUUCAUGGAGGCUAUCGACCAGGUACUAUGGCACGAGGACGUCGGAGCCUGGUUGGACUACAGCCUGGAGUCUGGAAGACCACGAGACUAUUUCUAUCCUUCGAACCUGUCCCCGUUGUGGACCGGGUGCUAUAAUAUGGCCACAAAAGAUAGCUAUAUCAACAGAGUUAUCAAUUAUUUGGACAAAGUUAAGGUUGAUAUCUUCGACGGUGGUAUCCCCACUACGUUCGAGCACUCCGGUGAACAGUGGGACUAUCCCAACGCCUGGCCCCCGCUCCAGUACAUCGUAGUGACAGGGCUAGCCAACACCGGCCACCCUGAAGCGAUGAGAUACGCGAGCGAGAUAGCCACUAAAUGGGUCCGGUCUAAUUUUGAAGUCUGGAAACAGAAGACAGCUAUGCUUGAAAAGUAUGACGCGACACGUUUUGGUGGUUUUGGUGGAGGAGGCGAGUACGUAGUACAAACAGGAUUCGGUUGGACCAACGGCGUCAUUAUGGCUAUGUUGAACAGAUACGGAGAUGAUUUAUCGGUAACGGACGCGUUCGGGGCGGGAGGGGACGAAAACAACGGCGCCGUGUACGGAGCGCACGUGGGGGCCAGCGGAGUGGCCACGGCCUUCCUGGUCGUGUUGGCAUCUUUGGCUGCUGGAACUCUUGGACUGAUGGUGUACAAAAGGCACAAAGACUACGUCCGAAUCGGUGCUGGUGAGGACUACAAAUUACUCUCACGGAAGCCCUACACAGAACUAAGGAGUUUCAACGAGGCCACAAACCAGAGAUUGCGAUGA